AUUCUCCUCCUGCCUGCAGUCCAGCUCCGCAGUGCGCCUCCUCUUCAUUCACACUUUUUAUUUAGUCAAGGAACCCCCUACCACCACCAAAGCACCCUCUUAUCCCUGCCAACAUGUCGGCCGCCAGUACCGAGACCACCGCCUCUCCUCUGCCCCCCGACGGCAGCCGCGUCUUCUUCCAGGGCGCACCUCCGCGAGUGGGCUGCGAGGGGUCCAUCACCGAGGAGGACCAGAACCACAGGAGGCAGGGCAAAGUGACGGUGCGCUACGACAGGAAGGAGCUCCGGAAGAGGCUGCAGCUGGAGGAGUGGAUCAUUGAGCAGCUCGUUUACCUGUAUAACUGUGAGGAAGAUGAGAUGCCAGAGGUGGAGAUUGACAUUGAUGAGUUGUUGGAGGUCAGCAGUGAAGAGGAGAGAAUCAGCAAACUGCAGGAAGCACUAACAGACUGCUACAAACCCAUAGAGGACUUCGUCAACCAGUUGCUCUGCAGGAUAAAAGGAAUGAGAAAACUCAGCACUACGAGCAAGAAUGGCUUGUAGUGGUUUUUAUCAUCAACGGAUCGUAUACAAUGUCAUUUCAGCUCCACCUUAUCCACUCCUCAGCCUGCAAACAUACAUCAUGAAACCCAUGAAUUCGCACUAGCCGUUGGUUUUACUGUCACACAGGAUGUACAAUAAUAAUAAUUAAAUAUGACUGCUGACAUAAAAACACAAUAUCAUUAAAACAGCAACAAGGUAAUGUUAAGCCCUGGAAUGUGCCAGAAUGUGCUUUAAUCUUAAUACUACCACCUAGUUCUCCGUUUCAGAGCAACGUUCAAAGUUUUAAAAACAAACCCAUAAUAAAAAUCAGCCAUACAGACUGAAACACGGGCAAAUCCUAUAGAAAAAGGGUGGUGUUACAUGGUUGUAAAAUUUGCAGCAGCACUAAGUAAACACAGUGCUUUGUAAUGUUUUUUUUAAAUAUUCGGCUGUUCUGCUGUUACGUCUUUUUAAAAACUGUUUGUCGCCAUUUUUUGUUCGUGUAAGUGAAAUGUGGUUUCUCGGCCUCUCGUUUGUUAACUUUCUUCUCUUUACUACAUCGCCACUUGUAAUGUGAGGGAGAUUUGUGGGUUUGUUUCGAAGCACAACACGUUAAUGCAUCUGUUCUGUUGUGAUGUAAAAACUCUGGGGGGGAAAAGGGACAUAUUUGCAAACCUAUAGCUGAAAUACUGUUAAUGUGUUGUUACAAACUAUUCUGGUGUACUGUUUCCCACAGCAAGGCAUGAUGGGUGUUGCAGUUCUCCGGAUGAGGCUGCAGAAACCUGUAUGACUGGCAGCCUUCCAGUGACCACGUUAUUUGGAUGUCUGAUGACCAUUCUAGCUGUUUUUCCACGUUUCGUUCGCUUGUGCUGACUCUUUUCUUUGACAGUGGGAGAUGUUGCCUUUAAGGACUUUCAGGAUAUGUUCAGAUCGUUUUUUUCUUAACGCUAACCCUUAACUACUGACAGCCUAAAAGUUAAUGUGGUUAGGUCAGAGCCUGAGGAAAACAUGAAAUGUUGAUGCUCCAACCAGGCAGGUUUUGUAUCGGAAAGUGCGCCAAACUGGGAGUUUCGCAUCUCAAGUCAUUUGUGAAAGAGACUGCUCAUACAACUGCAAAAAAUAUCUGAGUAAGCACACAUUUUAAGACAUUUCAAGCCUUUAUAGAUGCAAAAAAAACAAAUAAAUAAAUGCUACAACUCCAUAAUCCCAGGUAAAAAAAAAAAAAAAAAAGAGUAAACUUAGCUAUUACUUGUUAAUAGCCUUCUGUGCGCUAUGGUAUAUGAGAAGCCGUA